AGUCACAUGGGAGGGAGAGGGAGAUAUCACGUUGGUAAUUAUAGUGUUCUGUGGAGGAAGGACGAAGGGAGUGGUUGCUAAUCACUGAUGGCUGGGAAUGAUUGAGCGUGGUUGUUGUCAUCCCUCCUGAACUUUAGUUAAAUAAACUCCAUUUCUUGCAUGCAAAAGGGCAUUGUGCUGUGCGAUUGCAUGAAAGGGGUUCCUUAAUUCCUGUCCAUCCCUUCAUUGUUUGGGGAACUCUUGUGAGCCCUCCCUGGUGUCACAUGAUCCCAGGUUGCCCCCUGUGGCUGGCUGGGGCUCGAUGUCUGCUCAGAUCUCAGAGCCUCCCCACUUCCUGCUUCUCCACAGGAAUGGACUCCCCGAGUGACGAGGAAAGGGAUUUCCCCUCUGGGACCGGGAUGCCGCAGGUUGUAGACGAAAGCCACCUGAAGUGCUCCAUUUGCCUGGACGUAUUCGAGAAGCCCGUCUCCACGCUUUGCGGCCACAACUUCUGCCAGAAAUGCCUUCAGCAGCACCUCUUCUACAGAGAAGAGUGCCCCUUGUGCAAGACGCUCCUUCUCACGAGGCCUGGCCUCCCCAUCAACACGACCUUGUCCGAGAUCGCCGAGCGGUUCCGGAAGUCGGCGAACAGGAUCCCGGAGGACGGCUUCGCGCGGCCCGAAGACGUGGCCUGUGACGUCUGCCGGGGGAGGAAGCAGAAGGCGGCCAAGUCCUGUCUGGUGUGUCUGACCUCCUACUGCCGGGCCCACCUCCGGCCUCACUCUACGGUGAAGAGGCUGACCAAGCACAAGCUGGUGGUCCCGGUCAGAGACCUGGAGGACAGGAUGUGUGUGGACCACGAUCGCCCCCUCGACCUCUUCUGCAGAGACGAGCAGGUCUGCAUCUGCGUGAGGUGCAUCGAUGUGUCCCACAAGACGCACGAGUGCAUCUCUGCUGAGACGGAGUGCAGAAAAAGAAAGGCUGAGCUGGGCGUUACACAAGGAAAGAUGGAACAGACGAUCAAGGACAGACAGGAGAAGGUGGACGAAAUCAAGGAGCUGAUAGAUCUCAGCAAAACAUCCACCAAUAAAGAAAUUGAGGACAUCAAGGAAGUCUUUCAAGCAGUGAUCUGUGCUGUGCAGAAAGCCCAGGACGAUAUAAUCAAGCCCAUGGAAGAGAAGCAGAAAGAGGUAGAGGGAGAGGCAGAAGGGCUCAUUAAAGAGCUGGAGGAGGAAAUUACGGAGCUCAGGAAGAGAAUCUCUGGGCUGGAGGAGCUCUCUUCAAAUGAGGACCACAUCCACUUUCUUCAGAACAUCCCCUCUUUGCAGCCCCCUCCAAAAUCCAAGGACUGGUCUGACGUCACUGUCGAUACUGACCUAUGUCUGGGGACUGUAAGGACCCCAGUGUCCGAAUUGCUGGAAAGCAUCAACGAGGAGCUUGAGAAACUGUCUGCCAUUGAACUGAAGAGGAUUCGGAAAUACUCAGAUGAUGUGACGCUGGACUCCAGCACGGCCCACCCCAAUCUCGUCUUGUCCGAGGACGGGCGAGAGGUGCAAGACGGGGACAAGCGCCAGGACCUCCCCGACAGUCCGCAGAGAUACGACCUGUUUGGCAGCGUGCUGGGCGCCCAAGGCUUCUCCGCGGGGAGACACUACUGGGAGGUGGAGGUGGAGGAGAAGUCUGGCUGGGAUUUAGGGGUUGCCAGAGAGUCUGUCAACAGGAAGGGGAAUAUCACCCUGAACCCAGAGAGUGGUUACUGGGCUGUUAUCCUGUGGAACGGAAACCAGUACUGUGCACUGACCGACCCCCUGACUCUGCUGUCUGUGACCCCAAAGCCCCAGAAGGUGGGGGUGUAUGUGGAUUACGAGGAGGGGCAGGUCUCCUUUUACAACGUAGAGGCAAAUUCUCACAUCUACACUUUCACCGACACCUUCACUGAGAAACUCUACCCCUACUUCAGCCCCCACCUUCAACAGAACGGCCAAAACACAGCCCCACUGGUUAUCUCUCAUGUCAAAAUCCACAAGAAAUAGAGGCAAUGGGUUCCUUUUCUACAGGGCAUGAUAAUGCUCUUGCCUGUAGUACCUUCUGAAACAUAAUAAUACUAAACACUAGAAUGGAAAAUCCAAGUAACUACGACUACAGCAAUCAGAAAAAUCACAUGAUACAGUGCCCCUCCAUACCAUUUAAUUUAAUGUUAGAUAAAUACCAUAUGCAUAAUACCUUGAAAUAGUUUUAAUUCAUCGUGACAAUUGUUUCCCCACCCAAUGACCAUCAACAUGUUCAAUAUGAUUGUACAUUAUAUUAACAAUGACUGUGCAGUUCAUUCCGUAAUGAA